UUUAAUAAUUAUUUAAAGAUAUACUUUAUGUAGAUUCAAUUGGUAACAACUUUUCACAAAUAAAAACGCAUACGUAAUACUAGGUAAUUAGGUUACGACGGGACGAUUCAUGAGUCAACAAGUUUGGACCCGUGCAGGUCACCGAGUGAGUCUGCGUUUUGUAGUACCCGCCCCGCCCCGACCCGACCCGACCCAUUGUCAUGCCUAAGUAUAAGAAAAGGGUUACACACAUCCUAGUCGUUUUCUUUGUUGAGCAAUGUUUGGUACACACAUUUUGUAGACAUAUGAUAUACCAGACAAUUUCCAAACAAAUUGCAUUUUGGUUUCUUUUUAUAAGUAGUACGUAGUAAAAUUUAACUGGCUUGUAAGGCGACCAGAAAAUGGCAGCAGCUUCCUUCACUGUCGCGUUGAUCCCUACCUCCAAACCCUAUAGUCUAAUCAAAGCUCCAAAAUCUUGUGUAGCAAUAAUCGGAUCCCACCAAUGGCGUCCAUCGCUUACCCUCAACAACAACACUUCCUCCCUCCCUCUCAAACCCCCCUUCACCCUUUCCCUCCGAUCCACCAAACCCCGCGCCAGAACCGCCACAAUCACAUCCCUCUUCACCGGCAUAGUCGAAGAGAUUGGAGAAGUCCGGCACAUAGGCCACUCAGAUCCCGACAGUUUCUUCAUGAAAAUCGGGGCAAAAACCGUCCUCGAGUGCGUUCACCUCGGCGACAGCAUCGCCGUCAACGGGACUUGUUUGACCGUCACGGAAUUCGACGCCGGAUCGUCCGAAUUCUCGGUCGGGUUGGCCCCGGAAACGUUGCGGAAGACCUCACUGGGAGAACUGGAGCGCGGAUCUCGGGUCAAUCUGGAGAGGGCUUUGACGCCGAGUAGUCGUAUGGGAGGCCACUUCGUGCAGGGACACGUCGACGAGACCGGAGUAAUCGUUGGACUGGUCAGAGAAGGAGACUCGUUAUGGGUGAAGGUGAAGACAACGAAGGAGAUUUUGAAGUUUAUAGUGCCGAAAGGGUUCAUAGCGGUGGACGGGGCUAGCUUGACGGUGGUGGAUGUGUUUGAUGAUGAUCAGUGCUUCAGCUUCAUGUUGGUUGCUUAUACGCAGCAGAAUGUAGUGAUCCCAUCAAAGAAAAUCGGGCAGAAGGUGAACCUGGAGGUGGAUAUACUGGGGAAGUAUGUACAGAGGCUGCUCAGCAGUGGAUUUGCUGCAGAUGCCAUCAAAUCCUCUGCGUCAAAUUGAUCUGAAAUGGUAGUUUCUUAAUGCAGAGCUAUAGUAAUUUAUUAUUGAAACAAAAUAGGAUGAAUGUCAUUGAUGCCAUUGCGGAAAACUGGAAAUUGCAAUGAAUAAGAAUGGAGAGCAUUAGAGCAAUUGUCUGUCUUGUAAUUGUGUAUACCUUGGUUCAGUUGGGAGAAAGAUAUCUCCUUGAGGUUUAUUUUCAUCAUUUAAUUGCAGCUGCCUGAUCAAGUCUGUCAAGAUCCUUUUAUAGUUUCAAGUCUUUGAACUUGUAAUGAGAUUAGAGAUUGGUGAAUCUAAGCAUUUACUUUUCAUUAUUUGUAGGUAGUAUUGGAAAUUACACUGAUGCACUCAGCUGAAAUUUGAUAAAUUUAGACAAUUAAUUGAUAUGUAGCAUCAUUUUGAUGAUGUGCUUAUCAUGAGUUCAUUACUGGGUCUAGAAAUAAUUAGCUGAUUUGAAUCUCGAUUAAUUGUCUAAUUGUAGAGUUUCAACUCAAUCCAUUU